AGAUCGUGAUGCACGGAGCGGAGUUCAGCAAGAACGGGAAUCUGCAGAACCUCCUGAUCCUCACCGCGAUCAAGGCGGACAAGGCGCGCGUGAUGGACUACAUCAACCGCCUCGACCAGUACGACGGGCCCGCCAUCGCCAAGGUUGCGCUGGGCGAGCCGCACCACCUCUACGAGGAGGCCUUCCUGAUCUACAAGAAGUGCAACCUCAACGCCGAGGCCAUGGACACCCUGCUCACCAACAUCGAAUCCAUCGACCGCGCCUCGGAGUUCGCGUCGAGGAUCAACGACAGCACCGUGUGGUACAAGCUGGGCAAGGCGCAGCUCGAGAGCGGACAGGUCCCAGAGGCCAUCGAGUCGUAUCUGAAGGC